UCUAAGACCUCGACAUCAACAUCGCUCAUUGUAAAAGCUGUACCAUCCAAGGGCGCCGGAAGGGAAGAAAAUCUCCAAAUGGCAACAUGCACCUACCGAAACUGACCAUGAGAGAUGCCGGGGCCGUGAAUCGGGCAGCGUUCUGAUUGCAUGGAGAGCGGGGUAUCGACUUGAGACGGAAGACUUCUUCCAUCUUCUUUUGCCUGCUGCUCCAAGUGGACCCGCAGUGUGAUUAUCUCAUGUCGUCAGUCACAACUUCUUCAACAUUUUGAUGCUAAGUGCAAACUCAAAAUGGUUCUCAAGCUCUCUUUUGCAUGUUGGGACUAUGAUCGGAUGAAAGCCAUCGAGGAUGGUCGCGUCCGUCCCGAAGGCAUCGAACUCACGUUCUUGAAUUAUCGGGUGGAAGAAACGUUUUUCAGGCAAUUGCGCUUUCAAGAAUUCGAUGUUUCCGAGCUGUCUCUCUCUUCAUAUGUCUUGACGUUGAAUCAGGAGAAUCCUCCAUUCAUCGCUAUCCCAGUCUUCCCUUCGCGGUUCUUCCGUCAUCAGUCCAUGUAUAUCAAUUCCAAAUCUGGAAUCUCGAAGCCGGAGGACUUGAAGGGUAAGAAGGUGGGCAUACCGGAGUAUCAAAUGACUGCUCCUGUAUGGCAGAGAGGAAUCAUAGAAGAGGAGUAUGGAGUCCCAAUCAGCAGCAUGCACUAUUACGUUGGUGCCAUCGAGCCGUCGGAGGUUGAGAGAACCAGCAAAGUCCCGCAUUCACUACCUCCCGAUGUCAAAGUCACGCCCAUAGAAAGAGGCAAGAAUCUCUCACAAAUGCUGGAGGAUGGCGAACUUGAUGCAAUUUUCAGUGCCAGCCGUCCAUCAUCAUUCGACAGAUCUUCAAAAGUCACUCGAUUGUUCCCAGACUUCAAAAGCGUUGAAGCAGAUUUUUACAAAAGGACCAACAUCUUCCCAAUUAUGCAUGUUGUUGCCAUCAAGAGGGGUGUUUAUGAAGCAAAUCCUUGGAUUGCAAAGACUCUGACGAAAGCAUUCGCAAAGUCGUUGGAAAUGGCAUAUCAGCCUCUGCAAGAAAGGUCCGCUUUACGAUAUAUCCUGCCCUGGCUCGAAGAUCACGUUGAAGAAACCCAGAAGCUUAUGGGAGACGAUUCUCGGUGGUGGAAGGAUGGUUUCGCAGAGAACAAGCACGUUAUCGAAAAGUUCUUGGAGUAUUCUUUCAACCAAGGACUUGCAAAGAAGAGAUAUAAAGCAGAAGAAUUGUUCGCACCAAACACAUUAGAGUCGUUCGUCUUGUAAGCACGGCUAGAGAUACAGCAGGACGAAUCGCUGAAGCAGCUCCGGUUGGGAGGCAAACUUCUCGAUCAUGGCCAUCAAGGUAUUCUAGAACAAUGCCAUGCCCAAGAAUAGAC